AUGGCGGCGCGCAGAAGGAAACGUGCGGCAGAGGGACCAUCAGAAAUCAAUGCCAAAAUAAAGCGAAAUAAGACGACAAACGCCGUAACCAACAAUAAGAAAGCAAGGGUUACAGUGGAGAAUGAAAAAGACAAUGAAACAUCUGACCACUGCAAUAUUAUCAGCGUCCCGAAGCCAGUCAGCGCGGGUAAAUGGAAGAACAAGGAGCGAGUUUUGGUCUUUUCCUCUCGUGGCAUCAACUUCAGAACAAGACACCUAAUGCAGGAUUUAAAAACCAUGAUGCCUCACAGCAAAGCUGACACCAAAAUGGACAGAAAGGACAAACUCUUUGUGGUCAAUGAGGUGUGUGAAAUUAAAAAUUGCAACAAGUGCAUCUUUUUUGAGGCCAAGAAAAAGCAGGAUCUCUACAUGUGGAUCUCAAACGUUCCUCAUGGACCGUCAGCCAAGUUUCUUGUUCAAAACGUUCACACUCUCGCUGAGCUGAAAAUGACUGGAAACUGUUUGAAAGGCUCCAGACCGCUGCUGUCGUUCGACCCCAAAUUUGACAAGGAUCCACAUUAUGCCCUACUGAAGGAACUUUUUACUCAGACCUUCUCAACACCUCAGUAUCAUCCCAAGAGUCAGCCCUUUGUGGAUCACGUCUUCACAUUCACCAUCGCAGACAACCGAAUCUGGUUCAGAAACUAUCAGAUUAUUGAAGAAGAUGCAGCUCUUGUUGAGAUCGGCCCUCGUUUUGUCCUGAACCCGAUUAAAAUCUUUCAGGGGAGCUUUGGUGGACCCACACUUUAUGAAAACCCUCAUUUUCAGUCGCCCAAUAUGCAUCGGCGAAUACUGCGACUAGCGUUUGCUGCCAAACAAAAGGAGAGACAGAUGGUAAAGGAGAUUCGCAAGGAGAAGCGUAAAGAGGGACAGGAAGUGCUGACACAGGACGUCACAGAUGACGUGUUUGUAACUCCAGCCGAGCAGAAAACGGUUCACGUUGAAUGGGAGGCUCCAGAACCUCAAACGACCAAGAAAAAGCUCAAACUGACUGAGCUGAAGAAGAGAACGCUGAUGAAGCGCAAAGGCCUGCGAUAAAACUUCAGAUUCAUACCGAAUAUGAUAUCAUCACAUUUAAAACCAUCUUAUCAAUGCAAACUUGUGAUGUGGAGAUGAAUAAAAAUUGGUCUGUUCUCAAAUCAGCUAUUUUGAGUUCAAGUUUCUAUUUCCUAGAACCUGUUGCAAGUUUUUUUAUUUCUUUUGAUGGUGUGUCUUGCAUUAAUCAUUUGUAUUUUUGCUUGUCUGCAGACUUAAUAAAACAUUUUUUAAUGAACUUUCAAAA